CUCCUAGAAGAUGACUUCCAGUUCAUCCUCUGCGAGGGCUGCCAACAGGAAUCGCCCAACCUCAAGCUCCUCACCUGCCUCCACACCUUGUGCCUCAGUUGCUUGAGCAAGUACAAGCCCAUCGGGCAGUGCCCCGUGUGCCAGACGGCCAUCCCGCAGGCCAGCGGCAUCCCCGACAUGGACAACCUGCUCUUCACCAACCUGCAGGCCAGGAUCAAGUUCUUCAAGAAGAUUGUUGACGGAGUUGACUUGUUCUGCGACAACUGCAAGAAAGCCGGUGAGUUCUGGUGCUCCGACUGCAAGGAGUUCCUCUGCACCAAGUGCUAUGAGGCCCACCAGCGCUACCUGAAGAAGGAGAGCCACGAUGCCAAGAGGGUGAUGGGCAUCAGGGCAGGGUCUGCUAAGGACUUCCUCGAGGGCACCAGGAGGACCGGGAACUUCUCCUGCUCCAACCCAACCCACAAGAGCCAUAAUGCAAG